GCUAGCAUCGAUUUUUAUUACUUUAUUUGUGCGUGGAAGAACUGCCACCAAAGAGCAAAGAAGGAAAAUUUUCAUAUUUAAUCUUUAUUCAGAUUGACUAUGACUAUGUAAUCAACAGAUAUGUAAUUUUGUUUCUAAAAUUUUGGCUUGUUGAACAAGGACAAUUCCACAAACCACACUAUAAAAUAGGUUAACAUUGGGUUGAGAAAAUAGAAACUAGCUAGAAUGGCAGAGAUAAAGUUACAUGGAUUUUGGUACAGUCCCUUUACUUGGAGAGUGAAAUGGACUCUUGAGCUAAAGGGUAUUUCAUAUGAAAAUAUAGAAGAAGAUCGCUUCAAUAUGAGUACUCAACUUUUCCAGUACAAUCCUGUGUACAAGAGGACCCCAGUUCUUAUUCAUGAUAGAAAACCCAUAUGUGAAUCCAUGAUCAUUGUUGAAUACAUUGAUCAAAUAUGGCCACACAACCCAUUAAUUCCCACUGAUUCUUAUGAAAAAUCUCAAGCUCAAUUUUGGGUUAAAUACGCGGAUGACAUGAUUUUUGCAGUCGAGUCAAUCGUCCGAAGCAACAAUGGUGAAGAGAAAGAGAAGGCCAUAGAGAAGAUAUGGGAGUAUCUCAGAGUGGUUGAGGUUCAGUGCUUCAAUGAUGAGAAGAAUUUUUUUGGGGGUGACACUAUUAACAUUGUGGACAUAGCUUUUGGGUCCAUAGUCAAAUUUCUUGAGGUUUUAGAAGAUGCUCUUGGAGUGAAGGUCCUGGAAUAUGAGAAAUUCCCUCACUUUCAUUCAUGGUAUAAUAAUUUCAAAAAUACUCCAAUCAUUAAAGAAAAUCUCCCAGACCAAAGCAAAAUGGUGGCUUUCCUUAAGUUUACACUCUUUGUUAUGCCUUUUACUUCAGUUACCACUUUAUCUUGCAUAGGUAUAUGAGAUCAUGUUUGAAUCAUUUUGUACUUCUUUGAAUAAUUUUGCUAUGCUUGUUUC